CGUUAAUCAGCAUCUUCAUGCGAGAACAUUUUCUUUCACUUCAGAAAACUUGAAGGAAAAGGCAGUCAUGAGUCUCUCUGGCAAAGACAAGUCCAUCGUUAAGUCCCUCUGGGAUAAAAUCAGCUCGAAGAGCAGCGACAUCGGAGCUGAAGCUCUGGGCAGGAUGCUGCGUGUAUUCCCGCAGACCAAGGCCUAUUUUUCCCACUGGGCUGAUGUGGGUCCUGAAUCCCAACAGGUGAAAAAGCACGGCGCCGUCAUCAUGGCCGCCGUUGGAGAUGCCAUCGGUAAGAUCGACGACCUGACUAAUGGCUUGUCCAGCCUCAGCGAACUGCAUGCCUUCAAGCUCAGAGUGGAUCCUGCCAACUUCAGGAUUCUGUCCCACAACAUCAUGCUGGUCAUUGCCAUGUACUUCCCCGGAGACUUCACUCCGGAGGUCCACCUCUCCCUCGACAAGUUCCUGCAGAACUUGGCUCUGGCUCUGGCCGAGAAAUACCGCUAAACUCCACAGAUCCAAAAACAUCGACUGCAUACAUGCAGCAUGACCACCCCAAGCAUGUCAACAUCCCUUUAGAUGGAAGGGCUUGGUGAAUAAAAUGAAUAGAUAUAAAGUGUUCA